AUGGGAUUGAAAUUGGCUACAGAUGCGUCUUACUUUAUCGCAAAGUCUAAGGAACUCUUUAAUGAAAUAAGUGUAAGUUUUUAAUUUUAUAGACAAUUAUAACCUACCCUACCGUACGUUACCUAACAAUAUACCACUUUAAACUACCCUUCUCUAACUUUAACUAUCCUAUCUCACUUGUAUCUUUUCCUAUUUAUUGUUAUCUUACCCUAACGUACUUUACCGUAUCCUACUCUACCCUUCCCUACUCUACCCCGCUCUACUUUACACUACCCUAUCCUGCCCUACUUUAUCUUAUUUUUCCCUACCUCACCCUAUCCUACCCUACCAUAUAUAUUUUUUUAGGUUUGGAAAAAGAAUUUGGAAGCACAUUUAUAUCAAGAUAGGGCUGACCAAGAGAACCAAGAAUUACUCACUAGUACCUUACUCAAUCUUCAGAAGGAAAAACAAAAAUUGGUAGCAGAAAUCAAAAAACACGGAAUUCAGCUAAUCCUUUCCAACGACGAGCCGGUAAUCGACCAACUUGAAAAACUUGAAAGAAUUUUCAUUGAACUUGAAGAUGCAUCUGAGGAAUUACUUGAAUUGGCCAAUCAGACAUAUUUCUUAGAAACCAAGUUCAAGGAGUUUUCCGUGGACAGCUACAGCAAGUAUGAUGCCGCCGACAAUCUGAGGUAUGUUAAUACACAUGAACUAAAUUUUUAUACAGUAAUUUUGCAAUUUAGAGCAGAAUACAAAGACCUACUCGAUUCUGAAUUCGACUACAUCGCGGAUCUAGGAAAGUGCGUUGAUUAUUACUUGAAGUCUUACCGACUUGAGGUUUCACCACAGAAGACGUACGAUGUAUUUGGUAAUAUUGAAGCCAUCUACGAGUUUCAUCAAAAAGAAGUCUUGCCACAACUGACAGAGUACGAGAAACAUCCAGAAGACGUUGGAGCUUGCUUUUCUCAAUUCAAGAACAAGUUGAUGGAACUUUACUCGGAAUAUUGCUUGAAUAAGGUCUACUUUGAUGUCUUCCACGAGGAUGAGACGACUAAAACAAUGCUUGAGGUAUGUCAAUUUAUAAAAUGAAAUUUCUUGACUAUUUCUUGGUUUUACGUAAAAAUAGGGUCAUAUUGGGUACAAACUAAAUUUAUAAAGGGGCCGGGUCUAGUAUACCCCUUUUCAAGUCUAGAUAAAACUAGAUCAUCGUCACUAUGAAAGUAAAGCUUUUCAUAGCUACAUUUUAUUCUUAUAGUAUUACUGUGAUCCAAAUGACGUCGUCUAGCCUUUUUGUGAUCAAAAUGACGUUCAUCAUAAGAUAAUAGUUUUAUCAUACCAUAAGAGUUAAUUAUUGCUUUAGGCGAUCCGAGUACGUUACAACCUUCCUCCAACUUUCAAUGUACAGUCAUUGUUGGACAAGCCAUAUCAACAUCUAACGAACUACCAACUGUUCUUGUGGAAGAUAAUGAUACUUUCUGAACAAGAUACGAAGGAGGUAAAAGAAGUUGUGGACGCUAUGGAUCUGAUGCAGGAUGAAUGUGAUUCAAAAGAAAUAACUCUAAUUAGAGCCUAUAUAUGGGAAAUGGAGUACUACGAUAGCAUUUUGCGAAAAUAA